GGGCUGCGCGGGAGGGGAGGGGAGGGUCCGGCCUCAGUCGCCCGCAUCCUCCCGCCCUCCGCUCCGUCGGUCCUCAGGCCGCACCGCGUCCAUCCGGAGCCCCUUCCUCGGGGGACGCGGUCUCGGGGCCCUGGGCCCCGCCAUGUGUGGGGGAGGGGCGACAUGUUCCGUCGGCCGAGCUGCAGGGGUUUAAAGGGCGGCUUUUAAAGGGGCCGCAGAAGGGACCCGGCCGACGGGGCGCCCCCUCCCCACUCGCUCUCCCGGCACUCAGCCGGGGCUGCGGGGCCGUGGGAAGAACGCAGAGGAAGGAACCAUUUGUCGGGGCGGUCGAGGGGGACGGGGUCCCGCCAGUGGGCUCGGGGCCUGGGGGGCGGGGGGUGUGCGAGCGCUGAGCGGAGCUGUGGCGGGGGGCCGGGGCCGGGGCGCAACGGGUUAAAGGUGGGGCCAGCCUUACAAACACGCGCACACCCUCCUUACUCGGACCCGGUCUCACGCGUUUCUCCCGCACUUAGCGGGUGGGGGUGGAGGGACCUGGGCCUUCGUCCCUCUUCACCCCGCCCCCCAGGAGUCCGCUGACCCGCCGGCCCGGGAGGUCGUGGACCCCGCGGCCCGACUCGCACCUCCCGCCGAGCUCCCGCUCCGCGCGCGCGCACCUCGGACAUUCCCAUAGUGCCCCACGUGACCCGGCCCCGAACGUGCCCUGCCCAGCCUUCACACACGCUCACGCACGCGUGCUCACACGCGCACACACAAACACGGCGCCUGCGGCCACUUCCAACUCCAUCCGCGACCCCAUCCGCAGCUCCGGCAGGCCGAGGAGGCGCUCAUUGACUGACACACCUACACCCAUUCACAGACACACUGCCCCCACACAGGCACACAUUCAUAAACAGCCCGGAGAAGUAUACACACGCACCCCCUCGCCUACUCUUGCGGGAGCCCUGAGUCAUUCCUGCCCCCUCCCAGGUCUCCCCAUUUUCCCGGGUGCAGACACAGCGGGCUUGGCUGGGAGGACUGCCUGCCGGAGCCUCGCCCUCUCCCAAGCCCCCUUCCCUUCGCGCUCCCUGGGACACCCAGCCGAGGACUUCCUGUAGGGCCCGGGUCAGGGGUGUGGAGGGCCUGGAGGGCUGCCACAGCCCCUGUGAGAGUGGGGGAGGCGCUUCCUUUUCCUGAACUCUGGGAUCCUGCAGGAGGAAGUUGGACAGUUGGGCGGGGGCCUAAGGACGAGCUGUGUUGACCGUGGGGCUCACCCUUCCAGAAGCACUGAGCCUUCAUUAGGGAGGAGCUGGGGCGCCAGAGGCCUGGGAUGAGGAGCUUGGCAGAGAGGAGGCCCAGGAGGGGCCACAGCUCGGGCCCUGGACAUGGAAUCCAUGUUUGAGGAUGACAUCAGCAUCCUGACCCAGGAGGCCCUGGGGCCCAGUGAAGCGUGGCUGGAUGCCCCUGAGGACCCCUCUCUGGGUGGGGACAUGUGCUCUGCCUCCCACUUUGCCCUCAUCACGGCCUACGGUGACAUCAAGGAGCGAUUAGGGGGGCUGGAGAGGGAGAAUGCAACCCUACGCAGACGACUAAAAGUCUACGAAAUCAAGUACCCAUUGAUCAAUGAAUUUGGAGAGGAGCACGGUUUCUCUCUGUAUGAAAUCAAGGAUGGCUCCUUGCUGGAGGUGGAGAAAGUCAGCCUGCAGCAGCGACUCAACCAGUUCCAGCAUGAGUUGCAAAAGAAUAAGGAGCAGGAGGAACAACUCGGGGAGAUGAUCCAGGCUUAUGAGAAGCUCUGCGUGGAGAAGAAUGACCUGGAAACGGAGCUAGGGGAGAUGCGCGCCCUGGUGGAGACCCACCUGCGGCAGAUUUGUGGUUUGGAGCAGCAGCUACGGCAGCAGCAAGGCCUUCGGGAUGCCUCCUUCCCCAGCCUCAGCCCACCACCUGCCCCCGCCCCUCUUUGUGCUGACCUGGACCUGCACUACUUGGCAAUGAGAGGGGGGUCUGGCUUGAGUCACGGUGAGAUCACAGGCUGGCCAGGCCCCACACCAAGUGUGAGUGAGUUGGAGCGGAGGCGGCUGGAGGAGGCUCUGGAGGCCGCCCAGGGAGAGGCUCGGGGGGCUCAGCUUCGGGAGGAGCAGCUCCAGGCUGAGUGUGAGCGGCUCCAGGGGGAACUGAAGCAGCUUCAGGAGACCCGAGCACAGGAUCUGGCCUCCAACCUGUCAGAGCGGGACAUGGCGUGGGUGAAAAGAGUUGGGGACGAUCAGGUGAAUUUGGCACUGGCUUACACGGAGCUGACAGAGGAGCUGGGCCGGCUGCGGGAGCUGAGUUCCCUACAGGGGAGGAUCCUGAGGACUCUGCUGCAGGAACAGACGCACAGUGGAGGCCAGAGGCACUCGCCCCUGUCGCAGCGUCACUCCCCGUCCCCCCAGUGCCCCCCGCCGUCGCCGCCGUCGCGAGCAGCGCCCCCCUGCGCCCCGUGCCAGUCCCCUGCGCCCCAGCGCCGCUCCCCGGGGCCCCCGUGCCCCUCGCCCCAGCAGCGCCGCUCGCCCGCCUCCCCCUCCUGCCCGUCGCCCGCGUCGCAGCGCCGCUCGCCAGUGCCAACGUGCCAGACCCCCAGCCCGCAGCGCCGCUCCCCAGGGCCCCCAGCAGGCCCGGCCACGCAGCCACCCGCGGAGAGGACGCUGGCCGAGCGCGCCUACGCCAAGCCAGCCAGCCACCACGCGAAGGCCGGCUUCCAGGGCCGCCGCAGCUACUCGGAGCUGGUGGAGGGCGCGGCCUACGCGGGCCCCUCGCCGGCCUGGCUGCAGGCAGAGGCGGCCACGCUCCCCAAACCACGGGCCUAUGGCGAGCUCUAUGGGCCCGGCCGGCCGCUCAGCCCGCGGCGCGCCUUCGAGGGCAUCCGCCUGCGCUUCGAGAAGCAGCCGUCGGAGGAGGAGGAGUGGGCCGUGGCCGCCAGUCCGCCCAGCUCCGAGGCGGGCACCAUCCGCUGCGCCUCUUUCUGCGCGGGAUUCCCCAUCCCCGAGGCGCCUGCCGCCUACACCCACGCUGAGCACGCGCAGUCCUGGCCGUCCAUCAACCUGCUGAUGGAGACCGUGGGCUCUGACAUCCGCAGUUGCCCCCUCUGCCAGCUAGGUUUCCCUGUUGGGUACCCGGAUGAUGCCCUCAUCAAACAUAUUGACUCCCACCUGGAGAACAGCAAGAUCUAGGGUGCCUCAUUCACCCAGUGGUUGACUCUCCACCCUCUCUCACCACCCUCAAACACUCACUCACUGAAUGCUGCAUGAAUCUUGUGGGGGGCUCCUGCCCCUUGAGACCCCCAGAUACCUCCACAAGCUACCAAGUCAAUGUGUGCCGUCUUCCCUGGCCCAGGCACCACUCAACCCCGACUCUUCCCAGGAGGUUGGCGAAGGCUCUCCCCAGCGGGUUUGUGCUGGGGAGGUGGGGCUCUGGGCUGGGGGAGGGCCAUAUUCCACCUAGCCUCUCUCUCUCUCCCUCUGCCUUUAUGUUCCCAAACAGGGUUGGAUCUAAGGAAAUGUUUAGUGCUUGGGCUUGGGGGGAAAGGGAGAGGGUAUCAGAGGACUCCAGGAGUUCCCCUAUCUCCUCUGUCUCUCUGUGAUGUCUCUCUGUCUCAGGCUGUGCCCUGUUGUGGGACCACCUUCCAGUGGGUCCAGAGCCUGCCCUGCACUAAUGCCAGUUCCUCUAUCCUUGGCCAGCUUGGGGCUCAUGGUAGCCCCUGUGCCCCCCCCUCCAGUUGGGGAAAUAAGGCAUCUUGUUUCUUGCCAUUCCUUAUACAGGCCAAUUUUGUACUCCCUCUGCCCCCUCAAACACCGCCCCCCUCAGUGGGGAAUAGGAUGGGUGGGAGAAGAGAGGGAGGACUGAGAGGAUCCAGUUUAAAGGGGCUGUCCUAAGGGCCUCUAAUCAGGGGAUUAUCUAGCUAUUUGUCCAUGCCAGCCUCCCAGGCCCGUGCCCUCCUCCUGGAGCCUCUGGCAUGAGACACAGAUUGUUAAGGCAGAUACACCCCUCCCCCCAUACUCCAGCCCUGGAGCAUGUGUAUGCCUCAGCCUCCGUUAGCUGGGUGGGUGUCAUCACCCCUGCCUCCCAGGCCAGAACCUGAGAAUGAGCCCAGGGUGCUGUGGAGAUUAACUUCAAAAGAGCUAACCCCCUUCCCAUACCCCAGCAACCCACAUUCCCUCUGUGAAAUCUACCUCAGAGUCGUACCCUCAGAAGGACGGGUAAGCAGGAAGCCAGGGGGUUCCCAGGGCUGAGGUGGGGAGCUUCCUAUGGCAAGAGCCUGCUGCCCCACGAUGAAUCCAACCCCCUCCACUGCCACCCUCUCUGGGGUCUCAGCCCCAGGUGGGUACCAGUGGGCGAUACUGUCAGUGCAUGUACCAUUCUGACCCAACUCUUCCAGGCCUCCCACCUCUCACACUCCUUCCCUCCUCGUUACAGGGGAAAGGAGUGUGACAGGCAGGGAAGGGGCCAAGGACUCCAGAGACACAUGGAAUUAAUUGUACUUUGAGUGUUCCCCCAGGAAGGGGAAAUGGGGCAGGGGGACUGGAGAGGGGCAGUGGGGGUGGGGGCUGAGUCCUCUGAACGAGUUGGAAGUCCAAAUAAAACUUACCUGUUC